UCAUAACAACAUAUCUAUAGGGACAUUAACAUUCGUUUGAAACAUGUAAACGGUUCAAAUUUCGAUUGGAUUACAAUAACAAUUUCACAAAUGACAAAAUGGCGAUGAAGAGCUAGUGUGUAACAGAAGGAAUCUAAAUAAAGGAAAAGGAGAUUUUUUAGAACGAACUAACAAUGGAAGUUCCUGGUAAACAAAAACCAAAAAAGACAUUUUCUGUUUCACGAGGUUCAGCUGAAGACUUUCUUUUGUUCUGUAUCCCGUGUGAUAGAGAUGGUGCCCGGGUACCAGCAAAAGGUUAUUGUUCAACCUGCAAAGAACAUCUUUGUGACACUUGUUACAAGCAUCACAAGAAACAAACUCCAUCACGUCAUCAUAUUCUGCUAGAUCAAGACUCCAUGCCAACUACACCAAUCGUUCCAAUCGUAAAAGACGAAUUUGAUAGUUGUGAUGAUCAUGAAGACGAAAAACUGAAAUUCUACUGCAAAGAGCAUGACAUCGUUGUUUGCAGUGUUUGUGUAACGCUGAAUCACAGGUUAUGUAAUGUAGAAUACAUACCGAAACUCUCGAAGCAUAUUCUAGACAGUGAAGAACUUAAUGAAAUAAUGGCAGAAAUGAAAGCACUGAGGAUAAUUAUAAAAUCACAGAUAAGAGAGUAA